AUUGAGCACUUUUCAAUUCAUUCAGUACUCUCAUGGGGCAGUUUGUCUGAGGUCUUUGGAGUGUCGAGACGCAUAUUUUGCUGCUCGUGUGAACUUUUGAAGCAAUCAUCUCCAAGUUCAAGAAGCCUAUACCCCAAUAGUGAUCGAAUUCCUAGUGCAGGUGCACAAAAGCUCAGUGUUUGGAGGAAAAAGAAAAUGUGGAAUUUGCUGCUGCUAAUUAGCACAUUGGUCACAUUUCUGGCGACAACGGGCGCAGGUGAUCAUGUGGCAUUCCCCGAGUCCAGUGUCAACGUGAAGCGCCGCUCGAGUUACGAUCCCACCUUCGAUGUACCCCUGUCGGUCAGCGACGACUCAAUGGAGAUUCCCAUCGAUUUGAUCCGCAAAAUGAGCACCGUGAGUAACAUCUCACAAUUCUUAGAUGACUUUAUCGACAAGGAUUCUGUGGAUCCGCGAGAGAUUGCCGAUCAUUUUGCUGCUGAAGGAGUCGAAAGGGGACUAGCAAUUACACCAAAGCCUGGACUCUGUUCACCAGAAAUGACCCUAGUAUCCCUCAUCCCUACAGAUGCCCCCAACGAUCCAUCCCUGGUGUACUAUCCACAGUGCACGAGGGUGAAACGCUGUGGCGGAUGUUGCUCACACAGACUUCUCAGUUGUCAGCCGAUAGAGACGGAAACACUAACAUUUACCAUCAUCAAGAGUCAGUACACAGGGGGAGCACGGAUGCAGCUAGUGGAAAGGGUGCCAAUCAUCGUGGAGCAACAUACAAAGUGUCGAUGUGGAUGUGCAGUUAAGGAAGAACACUGCAAUCGUUUCCAGCGAUACGAAACAUCGCAAUGCAAGUGCGUCUGCACGAAUCUUGAGGAUCAGAGCAAGUGCCUCAAAGAGAGUGAAUUGAAGAUCUGGGAUAGCAAUGCAUGCAACUGUCGAUGCAGGGAGACCAAAGGAUGCACAACUGGAACAUACUUCGACGAGACCCAGUGCAAGUGCAUUUCGAUACCAAACCUACGACCCAGCGAUCAAACAAUUCUCGAUCGGAAGAAGUACAUCAUCAAGGCACGACCAGUGACACCCGGAGAGGACAGUAGAUACCAAACAGUAACCCCUGAAUACCCAGGAGUUACACCCUGGCCACCCAAUAAAUACUACUAGAGCAGAGUUUUGGUGAUUCUUUGAAUUUUUCCCUCCCAAAGGAAUUAGCGAGUAAAAGGAGUGUCCGGGAAUGAACAUUCCCGGAAAGCCACUUCAGGGUCAUAUUGAUAUCUUCUGAGAAGACAUUCAGAACAUUCCACAGACUUAUGCACAAUUACUAUAGCACAGUGUUAAGCCUAAUGAUGUACUUGAACACGAAAUAGAGAAGAAAAUUGCUCAAAAUGCAAUAAAUAAAGAGAUUUUUGAGAGUAAAA